AUGGAUUACGACGGAGAGGCUAGUCAAUUUCCAGAUGUCUCACGAUUUAGUUUCAAUCCUAAUGGAGUCCUGCAUCCAAAGCCAGUUUACUCUUAAUGCUCAUUUACAGGAGUGAAGAAAAAAAGCUUUUCAUUACAUGGUUCUAAGAAUAAGGGAUUGAGAAAUCUGAGUUAUAAGGUGAAAAAAAUAAUUGAAUCAGAGUCACUGACAACUUAUAGGUUCGUAGCCGAUAAAUUAGUAUCUGAAGACAGUGAACAAAAGAAUGAGGAAUAGAAUGUGAAGCGUCGAGUCUAUGAUGCACUCAAUGUCUUGAUUGCUGCUGAAGUAAUCAUAAAGAAGAAGAAGUUCUUGGUUGCAACAUAAGAGACCUUUAAGAGUGGGAAGUACUAAAUAAUCUUAAUAGGGUGCCAUAACAAAGAGAAAUGGCAAAAGAUUAAAGAAGAUUAGUAAAUGAGAGCAAAGAAGCGUCAAGUAUUGAGUCAUAAGAAACAAUACUUGAUUGACUUAGUAAAGAAGAUGCUAUGUGUUCGUCAUUUAAUCACCAAGAACAAUAAUAAUAAGAGUCUUCCUAAUAGUUAGAAUGCAGCUGAAGCGUAUCUUUUGGUAAUUAAUGUAGAUUCUUAAAAGAUGAAAAAGUUGAACCAUCUCAAGUUCUUUGUAGUUAAUAAAGUAUCUAAAGUGGAGUCUAAUUAAACUCUUAUGUUUAACCAUAAAUCAUAUUUCAAUUGCCUAUCCUUGCAUUCUGGAGUAAACCAGAAGAUGUAAAAAUUCUAUUAUUUAUAUAAUAUAGUUGCGUAUAGUGAUCAAAUCUUCAAAAGAAGUGACUUUGUCCACCAAAAAGAGUUGUACAUUUAUGACAGAAGUAGAAAUACUUUAGGAUGCUCAGCAAUAAGCAUUUUUGUCAAAAGUCUUUGAUGAUAAGGCUUUUGUUAAUUUCUAUUUGAACUUAACCAAAAAUUGA